AUGCUGUCCUCACUAGGUCGUUCGUGUUCAGCACGCAAUGUCGUCCACUCAAUACGUGUAUCCGCCAUCUACUCCACUCAUCGUCGUGCGAUGAUGUCCGCCUUGAGCUCUCAACCUCAGAGACCACCGGAAGCGCAUUCCAGCUCUAGUGCAAAGCAGCCUCUGAAAGAUUCACCGCCUGUUGUCGUGCCCACUGCAAAGUCGUUAUCAUCCGAACCAGCUUCUCCGCAGGUAGCUGCUCGCCCACCACCUAUACCAAAGGCAGAGCGACCGCGGCCAACUAUUCGGUCCACGAAAGCGGUAUUAAGUAUGACACCGACUGCGAUACAGCGGCUGCGUGGCUUGCUUAAUAGUCCGACACCACAAUUAAUUCGCAUAAGUGUGCGAAACAAGGGUUGUGCUGGCCUGUCUUACCACCUUGACUAUGUGGAGAAGCCGGAAAAGUUCGACGAGGUAGUACAACAAGAUGGGGUCAAGGUCCUCAUAGACAGCAAGGCACUUUUUUCAAUAAUAGGCAGUGAGAUGGACUGGAAGGAGAGUGCGCUAAGUUCCAAAUUCGUUUUCAACAAUCCUAAUAUCAAGGACGCAUGUGGAUGUGGAGAGUCAUUCACUGUUGCAUAG